UUUACAGCACUGUUGUUUAACUUGUACCUAGAACAUAUGUUAGAAAAUACAUUUAUAAACUUACAAAAUUCUAAACAAAAAGAGUUUUAAAAGAAAUUUAAAUUUAAGAGCCAAUUAAAAUCAUAAAAACAUUGAAAGCUUUUAAUCAUACACUAAUAAUCUGUGGCAAAAACACAAACAGAAAUCCUUUAAAAUAGUCACAAAGAAAAAGUCAUCGAAAGGACACCAUGAGCCAUUUGGGCAUCACGGAUAUGCAGCAAUCUCAGGAUGCCACUCCAGACUUGGAAUCAUUUACUGGUUUUGGGAAUUCAGCGGCUGAGGCAUUUAUUCAGAGUCUCGCAGGGAUGGUGAAUCAGGGGGAUGUGGAAACUAUGAUAAGGGCUCAAAAGCAAAUGCUUCAACGCUUCGAGAAAACCAACGAGAUGCUGCUAAAUUGUAAUGCCCUUUCCCAGAGUCGCCUGAAAAGUGCGAGCGAGGAUUUCAAAAGGCAUGUGAAAUGCCUGAAUGAUAUGAAAAAGGAUCUGGACUAUAUAUUCCGCAAGAUACGAGUCAUUAAACAGAAGCUGCAGUUGCAGUAUCCCGCCAUUUACGCUGAAGUCCAGCCUCAAAGGAGCAGUUUGGCGGAGGAGGCCGAGGAUGACACAGAAGCUCAGGCCAAAAAGGCCACAGAAAUACCUGCUCCAGCGGCAGGAAAACCUGUGUUAUCUACUACAGCUACCAAGAAAAGUGCUGCCACCAUUGAAUACGUGCAAAUGGAGGAGGCCGUUGACAAUGGCACCGUGGAGAUCGAAAACGAAUUGAUCAAACGCGUUUGCUCUGUGGAAACGGCCAAUCCCAAUGACUCGUCAGACUGCACAUCCGAGGAUACAGGCUGAAGAACCCUGUCCCGUUUAGUUAGCUUUAGUUUUGUGGUAUCUGUAUAAUAACUUAAUGGCUUCAAUUAUAUAUUACAAUAGCUUUAAUCUGUUUAGUUAGCUUUACUUUUCUGGUAUAUGUAUAACUUAAGUUAUAAAUGUCUUAAAAUAUAAUCUGGUACUUGUACUGCUUGGGCACCUUA